CCCAUUUGCUAUUGUACCUGCCCAAUAGCAGAGACCGAGCGCGUUUUAACUCGGAUCGCAUUCUUUAUUUCAUCAUUACAAUCCAUGCAGCGCAAGUUUGACGCAGUGAUCUCUGCGCUCUCACUCUGAUCAUCCUCAGGAGCUGGACGCAGCUUCGAGCGACUUUCUGUUUUUUUUUCUCCCUCUCCCUCUCUCUCUCUGUUUCUCUCUCGUGUGAUUUUAACACCACUACUGCAACUACCAACCAAGAAAAUCUUUUUUCAGGUGUUUUUAUCCCUUUUGAUGGUGAGCCACGUCGGACAGUAAACGGUGAUGGCAGACUCUGAUGCGCAAGAGACUCGCCAACCCGCAAAAGACUCACCGUUCUCCAUAAAGAACCUGCUGAACAUUGAUGACAAACCUACAAAGUCCAAAAGCUUCCUCGGCUCGUCCAAGGGAGUGUUUGAAGGCAGCUUUUUCUCUCGGCUCGGUGACUUGUCUUUCCCUCGGUUUGAGUUGCCCACACAGAGAAUUGGACUAUCAGCGCAGUAUUUGGAGAGAGCGUCUACCUGGUGGUAUCCAUAUACGCUCGGGACUCAUCUGAGGACUGGAGGGUCUGAGAAGGCCAACCUGAGGGAAGCAUCACCGGCACCGGAUAGGCGCUCCCCGGAUCUCCAAAAAAGUGACCAAGAUGCCAAAGAGGAAAGUGCCGACGACGAUAUCGCGCUGGAUGAAAGUGACUCGGAGGAGCCAAAGAAAGAAAUAGACCAGGAGGACGACUGGAGGAGAAAAACCGACGAGCUGGACUCCGAUAGGAAGCCCUGUCGGAAGAAGAAGACGCGCACGGUGUUUUCCAGGAGUCAGGUCUUCCAGCUGGAGUCCACCUUCGACAUAAAGCGCUACCUGAGCAGCUCGGAGAGGGCGGGCCUGGCCGCGUCCCUGCACCUGACGGAGACGCAGGUGAAAAUCUGGUUUCAGAACCGGAGGAAUAAGUGGAAAAGGCAGCUGGCCGCGGAGCUGGAGGCGGCCAACCUGAGCCAUGCGGCGGCGCAGAGGAUUGUGCGGGUUCCCAUACUUUACCACGAGAACGGAGCCCCAGAAACGGCCGGGGGCCCCGCUGCAAACUCACCGGGCAGCCAGUCACUGCUUGCUUUUCCCCACCACAUGUACUAUUCGCACCCGGUCCCACUGCUGAGGCCCGUUUAACACUGACUGUGUCAUCAUGCGCUGUACAAAUGUUUUUAAAUCAGAGUGACCUUCACUGAAAAAAUAAUAAAGUUUUGUAUAUUUUGUAGAUUAAACGGACACGAUGUUAUAUUAUUAUUAUUAUUAUUAUUAUUAUUAUUAUUAUUAUUAUUAUUAUUAUAUGUAAUUAUCCUUUAUCCUGCUAAAGCGUCCUUGAGCGAGAGACAAAGUCCCUUUUCAGUUGGUGUUAGAGGAGGGACAAUCUACAUUUAUUAUUGUUAUUAUUAUUAUUAUUAUUGGUGAAAUUGUUACAUACUCAAAAGUGGGUGAAUAUAUUUUAAUGUAUUCAAUUUGAAAAAAAAAAACAGGGUUGGCUGUCCAUAUGUAUUUUACAGAGAUCUGUGUCAGUGUUUGUAGCAAAAUGUGUGGAAUUUAAUAUUUUGAUAUUUUCCAAUAUUGUGCAAUACUGUUGGCUUCACAUUAGGCGACCAGCCUUUGUCACCUAUAGUUCACUUUUACAGAAACAAUGAUCCCUUUUCUCUUUGUAAUAGUGAGGACAAUCAUGUGAUCCUUAAAAUAAUCCCCAAAAUAACUGCAGGUGAUAGGCAAUUGUUUUUAUGACGCAAUGUUUUGCCGGUAAUUUUAAAGCCAUGAAAGAGCCAAAAAUAGCCUCUGUUUUUGUGUAUGUUUUUUUUCUCUGAUAUUGUUAUUGAAAUUCUGUAUAUUAUAUGGUCUUACACUCAGUAAAGAUUUUGUUCCAAAAAUGGAUCUCCCCUUAAUAUAAUUGUGAUGUACAUGGAAAAAGAGUCAUUCAGUUAUGCCAUGUUGUAAAGAUCUUGAUUUUCAAACAUUUGUGACGAUGAAAUUACCUUUUUUUUAAAUAAUGAAAAUAUAAUGAGGCUUUACGCCACAAUGAGGGUCUACAGAGAUGAUGCUGCCCUCCAAAAUAAAUCAUUUUUAACAGGCA